AUGGAAGACCUUUAACUCUGGAUGAAAUAUGGAGAAGUGUUCAUGCAUGCUACCAGGAUCGUCUGCAGGAGGGGCCCUGGGACACUAUUACACAGCAGGAGCACCCUCUACUUGGGCAGCCAUUCUUUGUUCUACACCCUUGCCGGACUAAUGAAUUCAUCUCUUCUGUACUGACCAGUUCACAGAAACAUAACAGACACACAAAUUACAUUAUAUUGUGGCUCAGUACAGUAGGCCCAGUUGUGGGUCUAAACCUGCCCCUGAGUUAUGCAACACUAGCACCUGAGCAGAAUACAAAUGCUGAUUCAUUUGAAAGUGGAACAAAGGAGUAA